AUGUAUCGGAUUGUAUACAAAACGGCGGGAUAUGUUUGCUCAGUCACUCAAACAAUGAAUUUUGAAGGAAAAACUAGUAAAUCUGAUCGUCAAGUUAUCUAUAAAAAUGUUUCAGUCAGAAAGCUGAAAACAAAGACAAGUGAAAAAAGUUUCAUCUGGACAAAUGUCACGCUUCAUAUUAUACUAUUUCUUAUGGCAACAACAGCUGGUUAUUUGCAUUGUUUUCAUGUUUCGAAUUUACAUGAAAAUGACCUGUUUUUCUCACACUUAUCCAAUUUGGAGCGUGAGCUGACAUUUAGGACUGAAAUGGGAUUUUACUAUUCCUACUUUAAACAAAUCGUUUUAGCAUCAACUUUUGUGGAAGGAUUCAACUCAUUGCUUACUGAUACUAGGACUGAAUAUCCGCCUUGCUUAAGCCUAGUAAAUGAUAAAGGUACUCAAAAGAAUAAUCAAUGUGCAACUCUUAAUUCUAUUGAACGAUUUAAUCUCUAUCCUGAAUUGUUGCUAGCUGGUGCUUACAGAUUCUUACACACAUUUGAUUUGAUCAGACAUUACUGUUUUCAAGUUAAAAGAGAUCCACCGACUAAUCCAAUCGCGAUCGCUAUAAAUCCAAAUAUAAUGGCAAAUUUAUCACAACUUAGAAAGCUAGAUGUAAUACCAUCGAAUCAAUUGAAGAUCAACAGUAACUCGAUCAUAAGUUGUGAUGGAUCUGGCGAACCGCCAUAUUUCUAUGUAAAUUCAGUAUUUAUUUUGUCAGGUCUGGUACUCUUCGGUUUAACUUACUCUGGUUGGUUUGUUGCUAAGAUUGGGAGUUCAAAUCAAUCUAAAAUGGAUUAUAUACUACAGCUUAUUGGCGGAUUUCUUCCAAUUUUAGCAUAUUUCUCUAAUCAUAGAGAAGCUACACGUGUUCAAUGGACUCCACCAUUGAGAGAAAGCUUUGCUUAUCCAUUCUUUAUAACUCAACAGUCUUUUUUAUUAGGUUAUUUUGGAUCAAAUCAAAUGUUACGAUCAUAUCGAGGGAAAAGUUUCAUUUGUUUACCAAUAUACUGUAUACUGCUAUUGAGUUGUCAAAUUUCAUGGCAAUUUUCCCAAUUCGCUUUACUUACUCAAAUUAUAUCGAUUAUUUGUGCCUUUUGUUUAUCACUAUCAUCAAAUACCCCUUAUUCUCUUAGUUCAAACCAACAAAAAUCAGUUAUUCUAAGCCUUUUAUUCAAAAUAAAACAGAUCAUAUGGAUUCAUUUAAUUGUAUUCAAUUUAUCAUUUAUAUUACAAUUUGGCAAUCGUUUACUUCUACAGUCUGGUUAUAUGUUUAUUCUACUAAGUAGUUUAUUAAGUGUAUAUAUACUUCAACAACUAUUAAAUACCUAUAAUCCAAUGACAAUUAAAAAGAAAGAAGUAUCUACUCGAUCAUCAAUGAUGAAUAUUACAUUUAUACGUUUUCUAUGCUUACCAUUAUUGGUUGUCUGUCUAUGUACGAUCGGAUUAAGUUUACUAUUCUCAGUUUUCUCAAAGUAUGCUUUCAAUAAUAAUUAUGAUUUAAACAGAAGUAAUGAUAAUAAUCACAAUGAUGGGGGCCAUAUAUGGGAUUUAUUAAAGCAUAAAUUAACCAUAUUAUUUGGUAUUACAACUUAUAAAACAUUUCAUACAAUGUUGUAUAUAUGUGCACCAGAGUUUGAUUUUAUCAAUUGGGCCACUUUAAAACAACCUCUUGAAACUGGUCUUAUAUACGGUUCCAUUCUAGUCUGCUUCAUCGUUUCUUUCAAAUUAUUCAGGAACUUGUUCAGUUCUCAUCGUCACCAUCAUCUUUCAGUAACUGUAAAUAACCAGUUGUUUAACAGUGAUAAUUUGUCAAGCUGUGAAUAUUCAUUUCAAAUAUUGCGAGAUUUUAUUUCACUAUUAGUUAUCAUUCAGUUGGCGAUUUUUACGAUUAUGGCUAUGUUAAUUAUGAGACUCAAACUGUUCUGGACACCUCAAAUGUGUUUAUCACUCGCUAUAUUAGCUCAGCCUACACGAUGGUUUGAUAUGUUUCAUGAAGUAAAAAGCAUUAGUGGCCGUAUAUUUCCUACAUCGUCAUUGAAUAGCGUCUGUGAACCUGAAAAAAGGACAAAACGUUCAUUUUGGUUUCAUCAUGUUAUUUAUACAACAAUACUAGUAUUGUUCAUAGCGUUUAUGGCUGGACGUGGUUUGGAGAAUUUAAAAUCUGAAUGGAGUAUACAAGGUUCAUUCAGUGCGUAUGAAAGUGAAAUAUUAAUUAAUUGGUUUCGAAGUUUACCGCAAAAACGUGAAGAUUCUACCUUAUCGUCAUCAUCCUUAUCAUGGAUUAUAUCUGGACCAAUGUCUUUGUUAGGCAAUCUACGUUUAACAUUACCAGCCUCUGCUCCUUAUCCAUCUACUCAAAUUGUUUCAUUGAAUGAAUCUGGAUUUGCUUUUACAAAUCAUCCACAUUAUGAGAAUACAAUGCUUCGUUAUAGAACUAUUUUAGCUUAUGGGAUUUAUAGUCGUAAACCUGUUCAUGAUGUAUGGCAUACAUAUCGUCAUAUUUUAAAAGCUGAUUUUGUAAUAGUAGAAACUCAUACAUGUCCGUCUAGAGGUGGAUGCAGUAAACCGGAACUUUUUGAUCUACUCGAUACAAAUCUUGCUGGACGUCCAGCACUAUGUGAAGCACUAAUGAAUAUACAAGUUUUAAAAGCUGGUAGAACUCCGAGUACUUUGGAACCAUAUUUUACAGUUGUUUAUGUUGAACUGUAUACAGGCAGAGUUGUACUAUAUGUGAAUAAAUUGACGUAA